AUGGCCGCACCCGCGUUGUCCACCAUGAUCGACCCGACCAAACAAGCGGAGUACCCGGUUGUCCUGGGAGAGCGGCUGGCCGCGAACGCAAACCCGAGUCAUCUGGUCAACAUCAACUACAAUUACAAGACCAAGUUGGCAACUCCUCAGCAGCGCUCGACCAUCACUCGCUCUGCUCAAUCGCUCGACUUCUACGACCUCGCAAUCACCGAUCAAGCCCCGAACGCCGAUCAUAGCUUGAGUUAUUCAUACCAUGGCAGCGAGGACCCGGUGGGGGAGCGAAACCUCGUGCUGGUGUUCGACGCCGACCGAAAAGUGUUUGUGUUGGAGCCGGUCUCAACCAAGCUGAACUUCAACCUCCAGUCAGCACCGGGUAAGACCGAGAAGCAGGUCCUGGAACAGUACGAGCAGCUGCGCAUCUUCCAUGAGGAAGACCCGACCUCGGGAGACGACCGGAAUCCAGGCAGCACCAGCGAGGAUGAGGGACCGGCCGACGAGAGCAACCCAUAUGACUUCCGGCACUUCCUCCCCAAGAGUGCCGCCAAUGACAAGUCUGCGUCCAACCACACCACCCCAGAACCCCCCACCAGCACAAGCAAGGCCAACACACCCUUGGUGCCGGCCGCGAAGCCCACCCCAAAACUGCAAGCGCCGCCUCAGUCUAAGGCUCAGACGAAUCCUCUACGACAGAAGAAAAAGCCUCCAGCGAAGCCUCCGGUCAACAAUCCACCUCCUCCGACUCAGCCCACCGAACCGCCUCCCAGUCGCUCUCACCCGCCAGACCACGAGGAGUCUCGCUCAUCGCCCUCGGAUGCCGGCACAGGCACCGCAUCGCAGCAGGCGAACCAAUCUCCCAUUUCCAAUAUCAUUGUGGACGGAGAUCUAAUUAUCGACAUGGGCUCCCCGCCCCCAUCACGGCCAUCCUUCCGCGUGAACCCAGCAUACUUCUCGUCCAAUAACACUCCGGCCGAUGAGGGUGACGAUGGUGAUGAGGAAAUGGAAGGGUUUCGGUUACCGUCUCCUGUCGGGAAAACUGCUCAGUCUACAUCAGCGCCUGCUGCUGCACCCGCUGAUGGGGACAAUGUGGAGGAUGACGAUGCCCUUGCGGCAGAAAUGGAGGCUGCUUUUGAAGAGAGUGCGCGGGAAGAGGAAGCCCGGAGUCAGCAAUAUAGUCAGCCCGCAGCCCGCCAAUACCCUAGUGACGACGAGAGCGAGGUUAGUGAGGAAGAGUAA